CGAAGAAGAGCGGAACGAGGCGGUGUCCCAUGCGGUCGGUCCAGUUGGUCGUGAUUGGCUGCUUGAAGUUGCAAUUUCGACGAAAGAUGCGUCGAUUGUCGAAGGCAACAAGAUGUGCGAAAAUUUCAACUCAAAUCUCAACAUGAACGACAAGCCCAUGGGUGGUACCAGUCGCCGAGCUCUGUGCCAGCACAACGGCUGCGCCAAGUUUGCCCAAACCCGCGGCCUUUGCAAAGCCCACGGCGGGGGCACUCGGUGCAAAGUGGCGGCGUGCACCAAACUCGCCCAGAGCAGGGGGCACUGCAUUGCGCACGGGGGAGGCAGGAAGUGCCAAGUCGACGAGUGCGAAAAGCUGGCUCAAAGCAAGGGCUACUGUAUCGCGCACGGCGGCGGCCGCAAGUGCGCCGUCGACGGAUGCGAAAAGUUUUCCCAAAUCAAGGGCAAAUGUAAGGCCCACGCCAAGAAGUCGACGGACGGGACUCCCCUGCCGCAUGUCAAAGUGCUGGCUCUGUCCACGUCGCCACCCAUCAGCCUCAGCCCCCUGCGGAAGUACGUCCGGAAAGCAGAGCCCACCACGUGCAGCUUUGCCGCCUUAUUUACCCCCCUCAAUACACCCACCAACAACGCAUAGGGAGUGUUUUAUUUAUAGAAAAACGUAUCGAUGUACUAACGAGUAACCAUGCAACCCCAAACACAAACGAA